UCGCGAGUGUUGCUCGCGGCCCGCCACCCAUCCAAGCAUCGGAGCCAAACACUUGACCCACGCUCUUACACGCUUUGGAGCAGCGAGAUCGAACGAUCACCAGUGUGCCACUUGGUGGCGACCAAGGGUCCUAUCAUAUCCGCGAUUGUUGCAGUCUAUCGCGCAACGCCCACGCGCAUCACGAGAUCACCAGCUCGAACGACAUCACGCGGUUUCCACAAACGAUUUCCACACUCCGCUCGUAUCCACCUUCGUCAUUCCCUCGAGCGGACCGACGUCUGCAACCAGUCUUGAACCAUGAACAACAUGCCAGGCAUACCAAACAUGAACCCCAUGGGCGGUCCGGUCGUUCCAGUCGGGCCACCAAUGAACGUCAUGAACAACGGCGCCCUCGGCGGGCCCCAUCCUUCCGCCCCUGGACAGAUGCAGAUGAACGACUCAAGCCGGACUCUGCUCAACACGUACAUAUACGAGUAUUUCAUUCGCUACAACAUGUUCAGUGCCGCCCGCGGCGUCCUUGAGGCGGAUCCGCAAAUCAAGGUCAUGAAGGACAGCCCGGGGAAAAUGCGCGAUGAGAAUGGCAAUCUGAUGGGAAAUGGGCUCGGCGACGGCAUGGAUACUGAUGCCAAGGAUGGCUUGGACCAGAAGCGCCCGGACGACCUGCCGGCGCCCAACGUGCCGACUCCCCUUCCCGACAGCUGUUUUCUCUACGAGUGGUUCUGUCUAUUCUGGGACAUGUUCAACUCGCAGAAGGGCAAGGGUUCAAGCGGUCAAGUCAACCAAUACGUCCACCAUACGCAGAUGCGGCAGCAGCAGCAGCGCGAUAUGCUCCGCCAGAUGCGCCCCGAUCUUGCGCAACAACAGUUUCAGCAGCAAAUGAUGGCACGUGGUAUGCCGAACGGUAUGCACAUUGGUGUGAAGCCCGGGAACCAGCUGCAGAGGGCGGCCAUGGCCAACAACCAGAAUCCUCAGACGAUGCAGAUGCUUCAUCAACAGCAAAAGGCAGCCGGCCAGAUGCAGCGAGACCCUGCGGACAUGGACGGUAACCGCGUGAGACAGGCAGACGGCGAAGCCGACAACGCGCCGUCGCCGAAAAGACCCCGCCUCGAAGGCGGGGCGCCGUUCAACCCCAGUCAGGGCGUCAUGAUGCCCAACGGGAGACCCGGCCAGGGCAUGCCCGGCCAGCAGCAGGCGUUUGCGUCUGCUCCUCCGCAGAUGCAUGCCAAGAUUGCGUCGUACUCGGCUAACCUGUCGCAGCACCAUGGCAACCAGAUGCCCAACAAGCCCAUGCCCAACGCCGGUGGGCCGCAGGGUCAGGGCUCCCCCAUGGUGCCGCAAGGUCCCGACGGCAACUCGCUUACCCAAUACUACAACCCCGGCGACUUGGGUCCCGGCAAUAUGAGAGCCGGCGGCCCCAACGGACAGGGCACUACUGGCAGCAACCACGCCCUUCAAGACUAUCAGAUGCAGCUGAUGUUGCUUGAGCAGCAGAACAAGAAACGGCUUAUGAUGGCUCGUCAGGAGCAGGACCUUACCACCACAGGCAACACGCCACGGAUGGACGGCCCCGGCGGCCCAGGUGCGGCCCCGGGACCGAAUGCCCAAGGCAUCCAAGGAACGUCCCCCCCUGGAGGACGUAGCGGUGCUUCGCCCAACCCUUCGGAGCAAAUGAGGCGGGCGAACCAACAGAUGGCCAACGCUGCCAACAUGGGAUCCCCUCUUCCGGACGGCGCCCAGUCCAGAGGCUCUCCCGGCUCCAUCAGCUUCAUGGGCGGUAACAUGGAUCCCAACGCCGGACCCCACUUCAUGAACAUGAACAUUGCCGGCCAAAUGAACGGCGGAAUGCGUCCACCGAGCUCGCACCCACCCUUCAACGGCCAGAUGAAUCAGCAGCAGAUGCUAGCGGUGCAACGGCAGCAGCCUGGUGCCCAGGGAGCACCGAUGCAGUGGCAAGGGGGACCGAACGGCCAGAUGCCCGGACAGCCUCCGCAACCCCAGGUCCAGGGCGGCCCGGCUCCGAAUCAACGGUCGAUGCCGCCGCCAUCAGCUCCGGCAACGGCAGUCGCCGCCGCCAACGCUCGUAACACGACGGCCUCGCCCCAGGUUAGCAAUGCCGCACCACCGACCCCGCAGCAGGCGACCAAGGCGGCUCCCAAAAAGAAGGAAACGAAGAGCGCGAAGGCCAAGGCUGCUGCUCAGAAAAAGAACAACGCGAACCUCAACAACGCCGCUGCCACGCCGGCUCCCGAACCAACAGAGGCACCACAAGAAGGUCCGACGCCCGCGACCCCGAUGACGCCCGUAAAUGCGGCAAACUUUGUCAAGAAUCAGGGUGUAAACGCCGGCCAGGUUGCGCCAAACGGACAGCCUCCGGCGCCCGCGCCCCAGCAGCAGGCGGCUCCUGUUCCACCGCCAACGCAUACGGACCCAAACCAGAACACCAGUUUUCUGGACGCUGGGACAAUGGAUUUCCAGGACUUCAAUUUCUCCACCAACCCCCUACAGACCGACAAUGUGCUGGACGGUUUCGACUUCGACUCGUUCCUGCAGGACGGCACUAACGGGGAGGAGGGCGCGUUUGACUUCAAUGCGGGGUUCUCGAUGGACCAGGACACUACGAUUGGGGCUACGGAGUAGGAACUUUGUUUCGCUGCCCAAGUCAAGGCGUGGUAUACGCGCGAGGUGCGCUGCAGCCUGGGGCGACAGGCGUCGUGACGGCGCCCAUACAUUUCGAGCCUCACCGGUAGAGGGAGAUUCC